AUGAAAACAAAGUGGCAUCUCUAUAUUAUGUGGUGUGUUUUAUCACUUGGCCUCCUCAGCUGUGCAGCGGACACUAAUGAAUAUACAACUGCUGUUAGAAGGAAAAAGAUUGUCAAACUGGGCGCUACGAAAUCCAAACCCGACGCAAUCAAACUGUCAGUAACAGGCGAGAGAAAAUCCAGCCAGAGGGUGAUUCCAGGCUCCUCUCCAUUGUUUCAAAUCAGCUCCCACACGUCACCUGUAACGCCUCCAGAAAAGCCUGAAGCAAAGAUCCGGUCGGACUUUGCUGCACUUCCAGACGUUUCUGUGACCUGCUCCACGUCUGAUUUUGUCGUGCGAGUCAAACCAGCUUUCUACGGGCUGGGUGCUGAAGCUACGGAGCUGAAAUUGGGCAGCACCUGCAAAAGCAACGGGGUUCUUAGACCAUAUGGCGACCUGCUCUUCACAUAUCCUUUGACAGCGUGCGAUUUCCAGCGUGAGCUGCCCCAUGGUUAUCUGGUCUACAAAUUCGUGCUCCAUUAUGAGCCGUCGCCAAAACGAUUCCCGAGCAGAGCGCAUCGGGUGGAUGUCGAGAUUGAAUGUCGUUAUCAGAGGAACCAUCAUGUUUACCAACUGGCUGUGCAGCCCACCUGGCAAACUGCUGUUGUGCGUAAAAAGCUGAAAGGACGUCCUAAUGACUUCCAAAUUGAACUGAUGGACGAUUCAUGGAGCAGACCAGCCAUGUCUCAGGUAUACCAGCUUGGGCAUACAGUUAACUUUCAAGUGUCUGCUUCUCAACUUCCCACUGGAUGGAAACUGUACAUCAGUACCUGCUAUGCUGCUCCAUCCAGUGGCUCUAAAUCGUCCCUCAAAUACACAAUCAUUGACAAUUUUGGUUGUAUGCUAGACAGCAAGAGGGACCCAGGGGCCUCUCAGUUCAUUUCUCGCACAGACAAGACCCUGAGAUUCUCCAUGAAUGCCUUCCAGUUCAUCUCUGACCCUGACACUGAGGUCCGCCUUCACUGCAAAUUAUUUGUUACAUCAGAGGAACUGGGUCCUGCUCAUAAAUCAUGCACCUACAGAAGCAAUAGGUGGGAGGCCCUAGCUGGUGACAACUCUAUAUGUGAAUGCUGUAACUCACAAUGUGUGACCUCUAAACCCCGGAGAGCCAUUAUGGAAGGCUCUGCCAGCAGUGGGUCUUUGUUGGUCUCUGAUCAGCCAUACACAACAGAAGAUGGCUUUCUCCCAGUCAGUCCCUCCCUAAUCACCAUGAGAAGAGAGGGAGAGACCACAACGGCGCAAGAGAACCUGUGGGAAAAUGUGGAUGUACUCCAGUAUCACGAUGGAGAAGGCUCCACGGCAGAAGAGGAGGAGGAGGAGGAGCUUGAAGAAGAAAGCAGAAGGUGGCUUAUCCUUGGAGUGAUGACAGAACCUGAGCCAGAGACAUUUGUUUUCAGGGACAGGGUCUUAGUGGAGGAGAGGAAAAAUUCUGAAGAGAAGGAUUCAAGUGGAUUCAGUGAGGAUGGAUCAGGGUAUGAAGUAGAAGAGAAUUUUUUAGAGAGUGGAGAGGAGGAAGGAUUUGAGGGAAGGGAAGGUGAGCAAUUGGUCCACUUGAAUCAUCAGAAGGAAGGUGAAGUGUUGCGUAAUAGGGUGCAGUUAGAGCAAUUAUUAUCACAUGAUGGGAUACAGAGAGAGGUACAGCUGUUGAACUCUAAAGGUGAGGAAGAACGUAGGAAGUACACAGGUAGAAGUGAAGAGGCUGAGAGCACAAGAGCCUCUGAAGUGGAGAAGAGAAAUGAUGAUCUGACAGAUGUUGUGGAUGAUGAGCAGCUGACCUGGUAUUUCACAUGGAGGUAG